AUGGAUCAGCACAAAGGGCUGGAGUACUUGCUCAAGGAUCUACGUUUGAGUGAACUUCAGGCCAUCUUCCCCACAGCCACAGUGCGCAGUCUGGCCGAUGUCUAUGCUGAACUACUUUCGGGGCCUCCCCUUCUUGGGUCAACAAAGAAGGCUGCUGCUCGUCUUUCUCGAGAAUUUCGCCCCCCUUUGAAAAAGAAAUGCCAUAGUAAAAGUGUCUUGGCAGAUCGCCCAUCCUGCGAUCAUGUUCCUGCGGUUCGGAUCAGUCAUCUCCAGCGGUUGACGAACUUUGUACUCACCACUCGAGUUCAAAUCAGUCUUCACAUUCCUCUAUUCAAUUAUCCGGUCAAACCGAAUUCUACAUCGUCGGGGUGUUACUGCACUCAGAAAAGAUUGUUUUUUGAUGUGCCGCCCAUUGUGCGUUUAUGGAGAGACUAUAAGUGCUAA